AUGAAUUACUCAAGAUCUCGUUGCAAUUCUGAACGUUUCGACGAUCCUGAAGUUUUGGCAGAAUUACAAUUUGCCAAAGAAAAUAACCUUGAGUAUACUUUUGAUAUUGAACAAACAACAAAUGGUGGCGGUAAGCGUAGUCGCAAUAAUUCUGUUCGUUCUUCUGAAAAACUAACAAAUACCAAGUCUCCGGUUAAACCUAAAUUAUCUAAAAGUUCUUCUAAGGCUGAAAAAAAAGCACGCGCUCGUGGUAUAAGUGGAUGCUCUAUUAAGAAGAGUAAGAGUUUUUCUGAUGAGUAUGAUUCUUAUUGUUCUGAUGAUUUUGACAAUGAGACAUCAGAAGAUGAUUUUUCUGAUGGUAAUGAUGAUUAUGAAUAUUAUAGAAAAGAUAGUCAAAAUCAUUGUAUUACUGCUGCUAUAGCAGAUUACUUUACUUCAUUAGAAUUAGAACCUGCUGUUGGAGAAUUAAGUUCAUACUUAACUAAUGAACAAGACAUAUUUUUUGUCUUUAACAAAAUUGUAAUUCAUCCACUUGAAUCUGGUGAUCAUGGUUUAUAUAGUGCCGUUUCAUCACUUUUAAUUGCUUUAUUAGAAAAUGAUCAAUCUCAACAUAAUGAACGACUUGAAGUUCUUAUUCGUGUUAUCGAAGAUGUUCUUCUUAAUAUCAAAGAAUGGAUGUUAGAUUGUCCAAAAGCAAUUGAAGUAUUUGCUGCAUUAUUAGCUCAAUUUGUUUUAGAUGGUCUUUUUGAAAAGUCAUUCCUUACAACUAUUAGAGCUAAAGUUAGUAUGAUUGAUGAUGCUGAAAAUUGUACUGUUAAAGCAAUUGAAAUAACAGAAGAACCUGAAAUGAUAUGCAAAGUUUUACCAUGUGAUGGAGGUCUUAGACCUAUUGAUAGUUUAACUGAAGAUAUUUGUAAAAUUCUUAAAGAUUUUGUUUCUGGUAAUACAAUUGAUGAGUGUCGUAAAAAGCUUCUUGCUUUGAAUGCACCAAUGUAUAAACAUGAAAUUGUCUAUCAAGCUGCUUUGUUAAGUGCCAACGAAAAUGACAAGACGACAACAUGUUUACUUGGUAAUUUAAUUACAACAAUGUUUGAUAACAAAGAAAUAACUCAAUACUACAUUGGUAUAGGAAUAAGACGUUUCUUCAAUGACAUAGAUAAUAAAAUAAUCAAAAUUAGCAAAAAUGAAGUUGGUGGUUUUGUAGAUAUUUUACGCCAAAAUUCUAAAAUUGAAGAAGAUUGUAUUAAAAAUUGUAAAUAA